UAUUCAUGCUCAACCUAGAAAGUCGUACAGGUGAAAAAAUAAUUGUACUGUGACAAUGGCCUCAUCAAAAUCCAUAUUCAACACUUUGAAUGUGAUUUCAGGGUGUGAAAAACCCGCUUUUGUUGCUGAGGAUUUUUAGCACGUUAUAAAGCAAAUUAACCAGAAUGCUUUAGAAAAAAAAAAAGGCUGUCAUAUUUUAUAGGCCCAAAGCAGUAUGUACGUCACAGUAACUUUUUUUUUUUUUUUAAGUUAUAUUUUUGGCCUUAUAUUGCAUAUAGAAACAGGAUAGAUGAGACAUGAAAAAACAAGGAGGAGAGUGAGAGAGAACAGGACAUUGAACUGGGACUCAAAGUGACAGCUGCAUUAAAUGUUGCCACAAGACUACGGCUCCAAUGGUUUGAUGUAAAUUAAAAUCUUCUGAAACCAGAUUAUUGUUGUUGCUUUAAAACAAAAUCAAAAAUACAGCAAAUAUAAAUAAGUUAACCAAAUUACACCCAAGUGCUAGACUAGACUUAUGUGUCAACCUUUUGUUGAGAUAACCCUCACAAAUAUAAUGGUCUUACUUGCAUAUUAGUUUGGUCAGAAAUCAUCUACAUAAAUGUAAAUAGUCUAAACAAUAGAUCAUCAUGUAUCACUAAUUUGUUUAGAACAGACUGAGGUUAUCGGCUUCCUGUCAAUCAACAGGAAAGAUGAAUCAGAAUAUCAUUAGAUUUAAAAUUCGAUAAAAUAGACUUGAGCAGUAAAAGAGAAGAUAUUUUGAUCAAAAAUGCUUCUCUUUAGUUUUACAAGCACCUUUUAGAAAACACUUCAUUGUUGAAAAUAUUUUCAGUAAGAAUAAAUUUUGGGGAGAGACCAAAAAGGGAAGAGAGAAAAAAAAGUCAGGAAGCACUAAGAUAAAUGUGUUUCCUGAACAAAGUCAGUUAUAAUCAGACCAUCGUCUGAUCUCGGCCAGUCAACCCCUGCUCAGACAGCACAGAGAACAGAAAGGAGAGACAUAUAGACAAGACGACGUGAGAGACGAGUGCAUCUCGUGCCCACUGUUUUAUUUGUAUGUCUCACUUCUCUGAAGCUCAUCAUGAAGCACACCACAACAGUCUCAGAGUACACAGAUUAUGACUACCUAAACACUUCUGACUAUGAUGGACAUGAGGAUGACACUGAUGCUGCCCCCUGCAGUCUGAUGGAAACAUGGGACAUUCUUGGUCGCUUUGCCCCCGUGGCUUACAUCCUAGUCUUUAUCUUGGCAUUAGUGGGUAACAUCCUGGUUCUGUGCGUGAUCCGCCGCUAUCGGCAGUCUCGACACAGCCCCUGCUCCUUCUCACUGACAGACACCUUCCUGCUCCAUUUGGCCAUCUCUGACCUCCUACUGGCUAUAACUUUGCCAUUUUUUGCCGUCGAGUGGAUCAACGAGUGGGUCUUCGGCGUAUUCAUGUGUAAAAUAGCUGGAGCGUUGUUCUCGCUGAACGUCUAUUGUGGGGUGCUUUUCCUGGCCUGCAUCAGCUUUGACCGAUACCUGGCUAUCGUACAUGCCAUCAAUAUCAGCUGGAGACGCAAGACCUGCCACGCUCAGCUGGCCUGUGCCAUCAUCUGGGGCGUCUGCCUGGGAUUGGCGAUGGUGGACGUGUACUACCGCAAUGUGGUGAACGUAUACGGCAUAAAUCGGUUGAUGUGCCAUAUAGAUUUUUCUCAAGAGAACAGUCAGCAAUGGCAGAUCGGCAUGCAGAUGGUUAGCAUGAUUCUUGGAUUCAUACUUCCCCUACUGGUCAUGCUGUACUGCUACCUUCGCAUAUUCAAAGCACUCUGCCACGCCACGCGUAGGCAGAGACGGCGCUCGCUGAGGCUCAUCAUCUCAUUGGUCAUUGUGUUUGUAGUCAGUUGGGCGCCUUACAAUGCCUUGCGGAUGACCGACAGCUUGCAGAUGCUUGGGGUCAUUGUCAAAACCUGCGCGCUCAACAAGGUGCUAGAUGUGGGCACUUUUGUGACAGAAAGCCUGGGGUUGGCGCAUUGCGCAUUAAAUCCACUACUCUACGGCCUUGUGGGGGUAAAGUUCCGUCGUGAGCUCGCCCAGAUGUGCAAGGCUGCUUUAGGACCCCAGGGGUGCCUCGGAUUAGCAGGAUGGGCAAACGGUCGGGGAUCGUCCCGCAGGCCUACUGGAUCAUUCAGCUCGGUGGAGAGUGAUAAUACCUCGUACUUCUCUGUCAUGGCCUGAAAAGAGUGCAAAUGACAUGAACAAGAGUGCAAGAACAGAAGUGAGCGUUGUAAUUUUCUGGAAUUGGGAAGAAACCACAAUUUCAGCUUGUGUUGUCUGAGAGAUAUUAAAACUUUUUCAUGUUCUCUUUUUUUGAAGCAAGGCAUUUUCUAAUUUUCUAACAUCUUUUCUGUUCAAAGGAGACUUUGUCAUCAAUUUUCUGUUGUUAUUAUUAAAGAUCUACCUUCAUGUUUAUAAAUAUGAAUGAGAAUAUCCAAAAAUUUGGAAAUUUUUAGACAAAAUUGAGAAUAUGCAAUUUCUUUCAGAUUUUGCUGCAUUUUAGCUAUAGGCUGUAUAUAGCUAUAUAUUCAUAUUUUUAUAUCUUUUAUAUUCUCCAAACCUUACAUGCUGACAAAAAAAAAAAAAAAGAUUUCAGAAAAAUGCUGUAGAAUGUUUUUUGUGGCAGCUGUAAUCGUGACAACGAGUUGUCUGCGUCUGGUGUCACAAACAGGAACUGAAAACAGACUCCAGAUCCACUUCCUUUACUUUUCUUUAUAUAUAUAUAUAUAUAAAUACUCUUCAUAAAUAACGCUGUAACAUCAAAUUGAGUUUUGUUUAUCAUUUUAUUAAUCUGUUGUUUGAUAUUGUAAGUAGAUGCCAUAAUAUAAUGGAUAACACAUCACAGACAGUAUAUAAUAGAUAUGAACAUGACAGGAUGCUUUCUUCUAUGUAAUUUUUGUAAGACAUUUCUACUGUUAUUUUUGUGAGUUCUGUGUUGCCACCUCUGAUAAAGUGUAGAAUCCAUUAAAUUUGCAGUAUAGA